AUGCGCCGCGUGCGCGAGCUGGGCGGCAGCGCCGAGGACUGGAACAGGUCCCUCAUGGCCGAGGGCCUGCGCGCCUACGAGGCCGUCAGCGCGCCGUACGCCGGGCGGUUCUCGUACGGCGACGACGUCUCGGUCGCGGACCUGUGCCUGCUGCCGGCGGCGUGGAAUGCGCAGCGGUUCGGGGUCGACCUGGCCGAGUUCCCUGUCGUCGGCAGGGUGGUGAGGAACCUGGAGGGGGAGCCGGCGAUGCAGAAGGCGUCGUAUUUCAAGCAGGUUGAUACGCCUGAGAAUCUACGUGCUUGA